AUGGUAGACCCUGCUGUCCAUAAAGCAUCAACCCCAACCGCUCCUUCACUUGAGCAGAGCGAAAGGCAGACAAUGAGCAACGAAAAUACAAACGGCGCAGGAUAUCCCGAUUUAAACCAUGAUGCAACUGCAGAGCAACGAAGGGCUGGGGAACCAUCGCCGUACAAUGAACCACCGCCGGCAUAUAAUGCAGCAAUGGGUUAUCCUACAACACCUUAUCCAUCAGGUGGUUUGCAAAAUGCACAACAUCCAAGUCAAAUGCCGAAACCAUAUCCACAGCAGUAUCCUGUUCAUAAUCAACCUCCUAUUUAUCAUGCAAUCCAUACAGUCGGUGGCGCCCAACCGCAACAAGUGCCUGUACCAACUCACGUAGUUGUCGCUGUUGGCAAUGGAUCCAUCUGCCCUUUCUGGUGUAAGUUUCGAAGCUUUAAGAAGGUCACAUUAAUCCAUACGUAUAAUCUUUGA